GAGAGAACCCAAUUCAAUUUCUUCUCACAGUCUUGAAGUAGCACUAGCCCCAUGGCUCCAAUGCUGAGGCCUGGCCUCACUCUCCUCCUCUCCACUCUCCUAUUUUCCCACAUUCUUGUUGAGGUCUCAGCUACAACAAUGACGUUCAUCAACAAAUGCUCCCACCCGGUCUGGCCCGGAAUCCAGCCCAGCGCCGGCCAGCCCAUCCUCGCCAAAGGCGGCUUCGCUCUCGGACCCAACAAGGCUCACACCCUCCAGCUCCCACCUCUCUGGUCCGGUCGCUUCUGGGGACGACACGGCUGCGCCUUCGACGCCUCCGGCCGCGGCCGCUGCGCCACUGGCGACUGCGGUGGCAACCUCUUCUGUUCCGGCCUCGGCGGCACCCCUCCGGCCACUCUCGCCGAGAUCACCCUUGGCAACGAGCAGGACUUCUACGACGUCAGCCUCGUCGACGGGUACAACCUCGCCAUCUCCAUCACACCCUACAAGGGCUCCGGCAAGUGCAGCUACGCCGGCUGCGUCAGUGACCUGAAUAUGAUGUGUCCGGUGGGACUGCAAGUCCGGUCACACGACAACCGGCGAGUGGUGGCGUGUAAAAGCGCUUGUUCGGCGUUCAACUCGCCUCGGUAUUGCUGCACCGGAAGCUACGGGACCCCUCAGUCGUGUAAACCGACGGCGUAUUCCCGGAUCUUCAAGACGGCGUGCCCGAGAGCUUAUUCUUAUGCUUAUGAUGAUCCCACCAGCAUUGCUACUUGCACCCGUGGAAAUUAUUUUGUCACCUUCUGCCCUCACCACCGUUGAUUAGUUAGUAAUAGUAAUUCCGUCCAGUUUAUUUAAGUAGUUCCGGUAGUUCAGAUCAGUGUUGCACCUCGCAACUGUUGCUUAGCUUCCAUGACUGUGUUUUUAUGUAUGCUACGAAGAAGAUGAACGGCAUUUUGGUAUCUA